AUGGCGGCGGGGCCGCUCCCGCCCGCCCGCCCGCUCUCACCUGCAUGCGGAGGAGCGGCGGCCGGGGCGCGCAGGGCGGAGGAGACGGGGGCGGGCGCGGGGAGGCGGCGGCGGGCGGUGCCGGGGCCGCGGCGGGGGGAGCGCGGGCACUCGCGGGGCCGUGUCGGCGAUCACGGACCGGCUCCGGCAGCGGCGCGAAGGAACCAACCCCCCCGUCCCCUUUACCCCCUCUUUUUCCCGUUCUUUUCCCUCCUCGGUUUCACGGCCGCGCUGCGGAGGGAGAAGGAAGAGUCCGCUUGGGAAUCCGGGGCGAGCGGCGGGGAUUUGAGAGUGCGGGCAUCGGGCCGGUGUGUGACACCUUUGUUUCUCGCCUCUGGGCAGUGGGGUUUUAUUCGGCGCCCAAGUUUCGGUGGCACGGAUCCUCGUGGGCAGCCGGAGCAGGGAAGUGCAGCUGCCCGAGCUGGUGCUGGAGCCAAGAAGUUCAUGGAUGGCCGGAGAGCGGGAAGGGCCUCGGCGAUGGAGCAGGGGGUGUUGGAGCCGCCGCCAUGUUGCUUCGGGGAAAGGGGACCAGUUCGGCCUGCAGCGCUGCGAGCCAGCCCCGGGUUCGCCCUGAGGCCCCUCUCAGGCCGCUGAAGGAGCGAGCUGGAGGCUUUUGACCAGCCGCG